AUGCCUCGUGGGCAGAAGAGUAAGAACCGUGCUCGUGAGAAACGUCGCCAGGCCCAGGCUGAUACCCAGGGUCUUCAUGAUGAGGCCACCACAUCUGGGGGAGAAGAGACCACCCCCUCCUCUCCUCCUGAUUCAGAGAGCGCUCCCUCAAGCUCAUCUGCUGCUGGCACCCCCAAGGGGCCUCAGGGAGCCCAAGGCACCACCAGUGCUGCUACAGGUGCUAUACGCAAAAGAUCUGGUGUCGGUGGCAAAGCACGCUCAAGAUCUGGUGUAGGUGCCAAGGGCCAGGUUCAGGAAGGUGAAAAUUCCUCCCAGGCCUCAGCUGCUGAGAGUGCUCGCACAGAUCUUCUGACCAGAAAGGCAGAGAUGUUGGUGCAGUACAUGCUGUUUAAGUAUAAAGUGAGGGAGCUCGUUAAGAGGUCCGAAAUGCUGAAGGUUAUCCACAGAAGGUACAGGGAGCAAUUCCCUGAGAUCCUCAGCAGGGCCUCUGAGCACAUGGAGCUGGUGUUUGGCCUGGUGCUGAGGGAAGUCAGGCCCAACAGUCACUCCUAUACCCUGGUGAGCAACCUAGAUCUCGGCGACAGUGAGUCUAUGAGAGGUGACUGGGGGCUGCCGAAGAAUGGUCUUCUGAUGCCUCUGCUGGGUGUCAUCUACCUCAGUGGCCGCCGCGCCUCUGAGGAAGAGGUCUGGAAGUUCCUGAAUAUGCUGGGCAUCUAUGAUGGAAGAAGGCACUUCAUUUUUGGAGACACCAGGAAGCUUAUCACAGAAGAUCUGGUGCGGGAAGAAUACCUGGAGUACCACCAGGUGCCCGGCAGCGAUCCCCCUCGCUAUGAGUUCCUGUGGGGUCCUAAAGCACUCACAGAAAACUGCAAGAUGAAAGUCCUGCAGUUUUUGAGCAAGGUCAACGAUUUGGUCCCGGAUGCCUUACUGCCGCAUUAUGAGGAGGCUUGGAGAGAGGAGGUAGAGAGCGCCAGAGCCAGAGCUGUAGCCAGUGCUGGCCCUUCUGCCUCAGGCAGUGCUGACCCUUCUGCCUCAGCCAGUGCUGGCCCUCCUGCCUCAGCCAGACCUGGCACUUCUGCUGCAGCCAGGGCUGCCACUUCGGCCUCAGCCAGGGCUGAUAUGUCUGCCACGGCCAGGCCUGGCCAUUCUGCCUCAGCCCAUGCUGGCCAUCCUGCCUCGGCCAGGCCUGGCCCUUCUGCCUCUGCCAGGCCUGGCCCUUCUGCCUCUGCCAGUUCUGGUCUUUCUGCCUCAGCCAGACCUGGCACUUCUGGUGCAGCCGGGGCUGGCACUUUGGCCUCGGCCAGGGCUGACAUGUCUGCCAGGGCCAGGCCUGGCCCUUCUGUCUCAGCCAGUGCUGGCCCUUCUGCCUCAGCCAGUGCUGGCCCUUCUGCCUUGGCCAGACCUGGCACUUCUGGUGCAUCCAGGGCUGGCACUUCAGCCUCGGCCAGGGCUGACAUGUCUUCCAGGGCCAGGCCUGUCCCUUCUGCCUCAGCCAGUGCUGGCCCUUCUGCCUCGGCCAGACCUGGCACUUCUGGUGCAGCCAGGGUUGGCACUUUGGCCUUGGCCAGGGCUGACAUGUCUGCCAUGGCCAGGCCUGGCCCUUCUGCCUCAGCCAGGCCUGGCCCUUCUGCCUCAGCCAGUGCUGGCCAUUCUGCCUCGGCCAUACCUGGCCCUUCUGCCUCGGCCAGACCUGGCACUUCUGGUGCAGCCAGGGCUGGCACUUCGGCCUCGGGCAGGGCGGACGUGUCUGCCAGGGCCAGGCCUGGCCCUUCUGUCUCAGCCAGUGCUGGCCCUUCUGCCUCGGCCAGACCUGGCACUUCUGGUGCAGCCAGGGCUGGCACUUUGGCCUCGGCCAGGGCUGACAUGUCUGACAGGGCCAGGCCUGGCCCUUCUGUCUCAGCCAGUGCUGGCCCUUCUGCCUCGGCCAGACCUGGCACUUCUGGUGCAGCCAGGGCUGGCACUUUGGCCUCGGCCAGGGCUGACAUGUCUGACAGGGCCAGGCCUGGCCCUUCUGCCUCGGCCAGUGCUGGCCUUUCUGCCUCGGCCAGGCCUGGUCCUACUGCCUCGGCCAGUGCUAGCACUUCUGCCUCAGCCAGUACCCACUCCAGGGCCACAUCCAGCCGCUCAUCUCACCCCUAG